CGCCGGGCACAAGCGCAGCUUAUGGAGUGGCCAUCAUGGUGGAUGUAAGCGGCCCGUGUUUGUUGCGCACGUUGUGGGCCGCGUGAAAGCCGCCGAGUCCGUGGUCGAGGUCCGAACUGAAUCGGUCUCGGAGGACCAAGCCCCCAAGCGUCGCCGGUGAGUGGGUUGUGCCUCCCCGAUUUCCGUCAUGGUGAAGCGCAAGAAGAACCGGGUCGUGCUGGAGUCGAGCAGCGGGGACAGUGACAGCCCCGACGACCUGGACGGGGAACUCCUGCUGCUGGCCAAGAAGAAACGGUCAGAGUCGGAGAGUCCGCCACCGAGACAGCCGUCGGAAGAGCCCAGCAAGCCGACGGCCGCGUACAGUGACUCCGAGACGUCGGAGAGCGACGAUGACUGGACGGUGGAUGGCAAGGGCGCCAAGGGAGGAGCCGCGCGCAAGGCCAAGUCCCCCAAGAAGGCUGUCCGCAAGGCAUCGGGCAGCGAAGGUGAGACCAAGGGGAGCGGGGCAUCCUCGUCCUCCGGGCCCGAAGAGGGCGAGGUGUCGGACUCGGGAGGCGAGUCGUCGCCGGCGGCCGGCAGCGGCGAUGAAGACGAGGAGGGUGACGAUGACGCCGAGGACGAAGAGUUCAAUGACGGCUACGACGAGAACCUAAUGGGUGACGAGGAGGACCAGGCCCGCCUCGCCCAGAUGACAGAGAAGGAGCGCGAGCAGGAGCUCUUCAACCGGAUCGAGAAGCGCGAGGUGCUCAAAACCCGUUUCGAAAUCGAGAAGAAGCUGCGGCUGGCCAAGCGCAACGAGCAGAAGCGCAAGGCCAAGAAGGAAGAAGGCGGGGCGAGCGGCAAGGGCGGCGCCGAGGGCGGGGCGUCGGCCAGCUCGCGGAGCAAGGAGCGCCGGCGGAUGGUGGAGGAGCGCAAGGACAAACUGGACAAGAAGGCUCAGGCUAUCAAGGACCUCAAGGCAGAGCGCGAGAAGAAGCGCAAGCAGCUCCAGGAGCAGCUCCAGAAGGAGGAGGAGGAGCGCAAGAAGUCUGCCGAGGAAGAGGAGGCCCUGGCCCAGACGUCGCGCAAGCUCAAGGCGUCCGACAUAUACUCGGACGAUGAUGACGACGACGGCUCCGACAGGGAUGGUGAUGACGACCAUGAGGACCGGGGCGACGCGUCGGAUCGCCGCCGCUCGUCUUCGUCGUCCUCUUCUUCGGACGAGGAUGAAGAGGAGGCAAAGCCCAAGGCAGCCGCCAGCAAGGAGGAGCUGUCGCGCAUCCGGCUGUCCCGGCACAAGCUAGAGCGCUGGGUCCAUGCGCCCUUCUUUGCCAAGACGGUGGUAGGCUGCUUUGUGCGCAUUGGCAUCGGGUCUCACAACGGCCGGGCCGUCUACCGCGUGGCUCAGAUCACGGACGUGGUGGAGACAGCUAAGGUGUAUGCACUGGGACGCUCGCGCACUAACAAGGGCCUGCGCCUCAAGCACGGCAAGCAGGAGCGCGUCUUCCGGCUCGAGUUCGUCUCCAACCAGGACUUCACCGACUCGGAGUUCUGCAAGUGGAAGGAGGUGAUGAACCUCGAGGGGGUCACGUUCCCCACGGCGGAAGAGGUGGCCCGCAAGGCCAAGGACGUCCAGGAAGCCCUCAACUACCAGUACAAGGAGUCUGACGUGGAAACGAUAGUAACGGAGAAGCAGCGCUUCCGGCGCAACCCGCACAACUAUGCGGUGCGUAAGACGCAGCUCAUGAAGCAGAAGGAGAUGGCUGAGCAGACGGGCAACCACGAGGAGGCGCUCAAGCUCUCCGGGGAGCUGGAACAGCUUGAGGAGCGAGCUCGCGAGUUGGACAAGCAGCGGACGAGCACCAUCAGCGCCAUCAGCUACAUCAAUGAGCGCAACCGGCUCAAGAACAUCGUGGAGAUCGAGCGGGCCAUACUGGAAGAGGCCAAGCUGAACAAGGAGAAGGCGGACGAUCCCUUCACGAGGCGCAAGUGCGCUCCUAGUCUGGUCACCAAGACGAGGACCGCGGAGGUCAAGCCGGCGGCCCUACCGGCUGCAGAAGAGAAGGCUGAGGGGGUCGUGGUGGGCACGCCGGCGGCGACUACCAAGCUCCAGGAGCCACAGCACCGCAGUGACCAGGACAUGUUUUCGGCGCAUGAUUUCGACAUCAAGAUCGACCUGGACAUCUCUUCGUCGACGACACCGUCUGCCGUCGUGAGGCCCUCGGCGGGAGCCCGGCCGGCUGUGCCGAAACGUUCGUUGAACCUAGAGGAGUACAAGAAACUGAGGGGGCUCAUCUGACGUCACUUUCACUACCUUGCGCCCCUGAACCUGGGCUGGGGUGCCUGCUGUCGUCCGCGGAGUUGACCUACAUCAGUUGGACGGUCCUGUUGGGGUCAUUGGAAGCCCCCUCUAGUUUCUCGGUCUGCAGGUUCAAAGGACAUUGUUAAUAGAACUUGCAUCGUUCCUUUUUAUUUACUAUUAUUUGUCAUUUCCUGGCACAAGCCCAUGGAAAGUUUGGAGACUGGCAGGAAGUUUGAUGGAACGCUUUACCACUGUUGUGUGGAGACACGUUAAAUUGCCCUUGGCCACAUUGCACAUUUUUUUCUUCUCUAGACCCCGUUUUUUUGUCUUGAAUGGAUCUCUAAGCUUUGACUUUAAUUGCCCGUUUCCGCAAGUAUGUGACUCAAGUUCGUACUUGCCAAGCUGGAGUCGAAUGUGUCGUGCCUCUUGUGGGUGAAGGUUCCUCUGGCAAUGCAUGUCGGAGCAUAAGCAUGCCUCCUUUCAUCCUUUGAGGCCUGGGAUUGUUUUAGCAAACUUCUGCCUUGUUCCAGCUAGCGGGACAAACUGGAAGCAACCGAACGAAGACUCGAUUGAUAUAAAAUGCAACAGGAGGGUUUUAGACCUUGAUGUGUUCACCAAAUUACUACGAUUGAUCUACAAAUGUUUGUCAUAUAACAAUCUAAAAACCCUGGUUUGUGGCUUAUAACCUAAAAGAUGGUAAAAUGCAUAAAUUUACAAUUGUGAUGACUGUUUUGCAUAUGUGAAGUUGCAUUCUUGAUUGCUAGUUUGGUCAAUUUAGGUUCUAAAAGAGGCCAUUGAAUACUUGCCAUUGUACAUAGUUACCAUGCGGAAACCUCUGGACUGUUGUAAUCUUGCUAAUCGUAUGGUGUUCGCAUGUACCGGGUGCUUGCCCGUUCUGUGUCUCUCUUGUGCAGCUCAUAAUCAUGCCCCCUCAUCAAUGUUUAGGCAGUAGAUUUUCAUUCACAGAAUAAACACGUUUCACCCCUCUG